AUGGCACAGCCCCAUAAACGCACCAAGCAAAUGCCAUAUGAUCAAAGAGAAAGGCACAAAGAACUUCAGAAUCAAAACCAGAUCCCGAAUCAAAGGCCACCUCCUUCAGGGUUCCAACCAAGACCGCCUGCUAAUGGGAGCCAGCAAGGCCCACCCCCACCAGGAGGCCCACAGCAGAGACCGCCUCAAGGUCCACCACCACCAGAAGGCCCACAGCAGAGACCCCCUCAAGGCCCACCACCACCAGGAGGCCCACAGCAGAGACCCCCUCAAGGCCCACCACCACCAGGAGGAGGCCCACAGCAGAGACCCCCUCAAGGCCCCCCACCACCAGGAGGCCCACAGCAGAGACCCCCUCAAGGCCCACCACCACCAGGAAGCCCACAGCCAAGACCCACUCAAGGCCCACCCCCAACAGGAGGCCCUCAGCAAACACCUUCUCUGGCUGGAAACCCACAAGGCCCACCACAAGGCAGACCCCAGGGACCUCAGUAA